UAAAAUAUUAAAAGAUUUUAUACUGACACUUAAAAGAUGUAUAGAUUUAAAACAAUUAAUAGAUAAAAUUGUUUUAAAAUAUUGAUUUUAUAUUGUUUAAUAGUUUUAUCUGAAAAUUUUUAGAUUAAUUCCAUAGAUUUUUAUUUUUACUUGUAUUUUUUAUUUCAUAGAUUAGAUAACGCGCUAGCAAAGACGAUUGUUAAAAUGAUCGUCGAUAUAUUCCCAUCUGAAGCAGCAAAUACGUAUUUUAUGUCACCAAUAAAAAAAAAAAUUCUCUUUGUAAUAAAUCCAUUCUUGCUCGUGGAAAGUUAAUUAGUAUGUGGCGAAACUGUCAGUGUCAAUAUAAAAAAUUGCAUAGAAGGAUAAUAGAUGAGGAAAAAACAAACGAUCGAAGUAUAGAGCCCGAAACAAUACAAGAUGAUAUUCAAGAGGCGUUAGACUGGCUAGACAAAAAUCAAGCUCCUUGGGACAUGGUUUUAGACCAUUGGAGAAAAACUUCUGCUCAUCGAACCAAAGCUUUAAAAGAAUCAUGUGACACUAAUUUGGUGGAUAUAUUUGAAAAAUGGAAACUCUAUAAGCACCCUAGUGGACAUGAAUUAAUUGAUACUGAUUUUCAAUGCCUAAAUUUAUCCAAAGUAAAUUUGGAUAAAGAUGUUUGGUUUAAUUUUUUUGAUACUUUGCUAAAGCACGCCUCUCUUAGCUCCAAAGACGAAACAGCAAAGAUGCUUCUGGAAUCUAUGAAAUCUAAAGAUGUUUCAGACAAUGCAUUAGUGGCCAUGAGUGUAAGUUUAUUCCCUCACUUGUAUCCGCCAAAACAUAUGAAAAGAAUACGGAAUAAGAGUUUCAAGCCUUCUAUUGGACUUGCAAAAGAGACUAUAUUAAAAUUUGCAAAUAUUCCUGGUGACAUGGUAAGACUAAGGCAAGAAGCAAAAUCGAGGGCGACAGAUCUUAAACUUCCAAUCCAACCCUUUUUAAUCAUCGUGGGAUCUAUUGAAGACGUACAAGAUGUUUAUGUCUGUGUUGACAACGAGCUAUACAAAGUUCAAGGACUUCUACAAGGUCUAAAUAUUUGUUUCAAGACAUUUCAUGUAUUCAAUCUGCAAUAUCCUUUGGCCAGUGAACACAUAUGGAUAUUAAUUCAAAAGGGAAUCUAUAAAAUCAAUUUGCCCUGUGAUAAGCAUAUCAUAUCUAUUGAACAUGCAGUAAAACAGCUAACUAAGGGAAAUACCGAAGAGGAACAAAUGGAAUGA